AUGGUCCACAUACAGUCCACGACUCAAGAUGGUAUAGAUUCUAACCAUGACGCAGCUGCAAGCUCCAGCUCCAGCAGUCCAGCCGUAGGAGCAUCUUCGCGCAAAGCUGCUCAGGCUGCAGUAAGGAGCUCUCUGGAGUCGGACAGAUCGUACGAUGAUGGUGACUACGAUGUAGACGAAGAGGCCCGUCUAUUCGCCGGGCACGAUACGCCUCAUCAGGAAGCGGCGGGCACGACCUCCAAAAGGCACUCGGCUCAGGGGCCGAUCCUCUACGAUGCGGCUGAUGAGCAAGAUGGCAAUGAAGAGGUUGCACAUGCGCACACACCAUCCGGUCACGAGUCUGAUGUGCACCGUUUCGAAGAUAGGAGGGAGACGGGGGGUUGGACCACCAGACUCAAAGGCAGAGGCCCCGUGGCAAGAGCUUGGGAGAUCGCAAGAGAAGUGAGUGACAUCAUCAAUGAUGCUUGAUGGCACGUGUCCGGUGCGGGUAUGGGCGAGGUGAGGCUGCGUCAUCUGUGCUGCCCUCAACAUCGCUUCCAAGGCGUAGAUGGCGGCCUAAAUGCCAACGCGCUGGCUAAUUGGGGCAGCCUAGUUGCGCUGUGCGUAGUGUGCUCAAGUCCGGGCUGCACCGUAUCGAUGGACAAUUGACAGCCGUGGGAUGCGCAUCUCUAUACUUGCUGUCUCCCGACUAUGAUAGCUCGGGCAUACAUCGUUGGGUCAGCCUAGCGAAAGUACACCAUAGCAUUGCCAGCUCAUCUCUGGGGCGCCUAGCUUCUUGUAGCCGCUGGUACCAUGAGCUCUAGUCCGUGGCUGUACGAACGCCUCUCUUUGGUCGCACCCACAAGCACCACGCGGCAGACAUGGCUGACAACAAGGCGUUUCGCUACACAGGCGUUGCCCACCCUGGUUCUUUCAGUGUUCAGCUUGAUGUUUGCAGGCGAGCUGCUAGUACACAUUGCGGUGAGGUUGUGCGCUGUCAAAUGCCAGAAGCUUGUCCCUCUGCCGCUGACAUACUUUCUCUGCUGUGCGCGCCUGUUCGGCUUUGCAGAGAUGGCCAGUCUUUGUAAAGGGUGAGCUACCUUCCCCUUCGGCUGCGCUGUCUGACGACCACUAACCCCUCUUCCUCCAUUUCACGCAGUCGACAAGCUCUUCAUCCUCGUGCCUAUCCUGCUGAACCUCAAAGGAAACCUGGAGAUGAAUUUGUCGCUGCGUAUGUCCACCUCUGCAAAUAUUGGAGAGCUGGAUGUCCGUCGAACGCGACAAACACUCAUCCUAGGCAACAUGAGCUUGUUGCAGGUGCAAGCUCUGAUAGUCAGCUCCUUUGCUGGUAUCUUGGCAUUCGUGCUGGGUGUCAUCACUCCUGAAGCAGCGCCAGAGGGCAACAAUGGCGGACCAGCGUCAUCGAAGCAGAUGCUCGCUCUGCGUUUCGCGCAGAAGGUCUUACGUAGUGGACGACCUAAACGAGCUGCUCUUGAAAAUCGACUUUCGCCACGCCGCAUCAUUCACCACCAUCCAAAGCCAGUCGUGGACCCAGCUUUGCGUCUGCGCAACGGCUACUUCGAGUUUGUCUUGGUCAUAGCGACAGGCAUGCUCUCCGCAUCGCUGUCUUCUGCCAUUCUGGGCUCCUUCAUGUGCGCUCUCGUGGUAGUCACUCGCCAACUGGGUGGCAAUCCGGACAACAUCGCUUCCCCUCUCGCAGCUUCGCUGGGCGAUCUUCUCACGUUGACUAUCCUCGGCCUUCUCGCUUCACUACUUGUGCAUUUUGAAGGGACGAUCUUGGCGACACUGAUUCUCGUUGGACUGCUCGUCGCCUGCGGUUCCUGCUUUGUCGCGACCUACCGCAACGCUUACGUUCGGGAACUGCUGUCCAGUGGAUGGGUGCCUCUCAUUGUAGCCAUGUUCAUCUCGUCCGGAGCAGGACUAUUGUUGGAUGCAUUCGUGCAACGAUUCGAGGGCUUUGCACUCUUGGCCCCGGUCGUCACUGGACUACCAGGCGCUUGCGCAGCGAUCUUUGUCAGUCGAACAUCCACCGCUCUGCACAGCGGAAAGGGAGCUGCAGCCAACAUGAUGUCUCCACGACGUCUUGCGCCCGUCAGGUCUUGGUCCACAUCCAGCAGCGGAGAGAUGUCGGUCAGCUCAAGAAACGGCAUCUCUCGUCUAUGGUCUCGCGUCACAUCUGCCAUCGCCUCGCUCCCUCCACCCACAGAAGGCUGGCUAGUCCCGACAACGCUCUUCAUCAUCGGACUGGUAAUCGAGACGCUCUUCUUGGUCUUUGUUUGGGCUUCGGGCCAGAUGAGCUUUGGCUUGCCCUUUGCCAUCUUCUUUGUCAUCAUUGGCGCAUUUGGCUUCGUCGCCGCGCUCUUUGUCAGUCACGCUCUGACCAUAGGCUUGUGGUACAACGAUUACGACCCAGGUGAGUGCGGAAGUGGACCAUAAUGCAGACGUGGCAUGUUGAUGUUGAUGUUGAUCUGGAUUUUUGGUUCGCUCCAAUCAUACCAGACAUUUACUCUUUGCCUUUCGUCUCGUCCAUCGUCGACGUGGUGGGGCAAGCGCUUCUCGUGACGACUUUUACUAUUGCUCUUGCUCUGGGCGACUCGGUCACUGCGGCUGUCAAUGCAGGCGAAGGUCACGGAGGCGCUUGA